AUGAGGACCUUUACUCUCGCCGAAGCACAACUAGUUGCUCUCUUUCUUGGAAGCAUAUCCUACGGAGUGCAUAUUGCGACAUUCGCGCUCUGCAUGACCGCUUCCAUAUGGACGAAGUCGGGCUUCAGAUCGAAGAUCAACUUGCCGAUGGUGUUCUUCACCACCAUUCUGUUUAUUGUUGGCACGAUGGAGGCUGUCUUCAAUGUCUUGCACAAUUUGAACGGCUUCGUGUACUAUUCUGGGCCAGGCGGCGCUGAAGAGGAAUUCCUACACAUCUCAAACUGGCUCAAUGUCAUGAAGGUGAAGUUACGUCUUUUUAUUAUGUGGCGACUCUCUUCUCUUACUUCCACCAUUGCAGAUUCAGCGUUGAUCUAUCGUUGCUGGAUCAUUUUUAAUCAUACGUGGCCUGCGGUCGCAUUCCCACUUCUCUUAUUGGUUUCGCAGAGCGUAUGCGCGACCGCGGAGAUCUAUUAUACAGCAACUUUGGAGAGGAGCCAUGCACUUGCCGAUGUCUUGAGCAAGGACAGGCUCAGGCCAUUUGUCACAGCCUAUGGCGCCAUCACGAUCACUCUCAAUGUCCUCACUACGGGUGAGUGCCUGAUCGUAUAUCGUAUAUGGACAGUGCACAGAGAAUCGUCCCGGUUCUUCACGCAGAGCAUCGAUCGCACAAGCAGUCUCCUAAGCCUCUCCGAGAUCAAUCGCAUUCUGAUCGAAUCGGCGCUGCUGUAUACCGUUGGAACUGCUUUGACAUUCGUUCUGAGCGACCUUGGCAGCACGGUGGUUUAUCCUGUGGCUGAUUUUACACUCCAACUAGGUGGCAUAUCGUUUGACCUCAUAAUCAUCCGCGUGAGCGGCGGGAGAGGCGUCGAACACACGCAGAAGACAGUCCAACGCGACCAGUCCGAGUUCACAUUGGAAUUUGCUAGGUCCAGAACACGACGACAGAGUGGUGUUGCAGCAAUUCCAGUCACGAAUCCUGUCGACUCGUCUAAUGAUGACCGAUCAAGCUGCAUUGAAACAGUUGUUAAGCACCCACAGUUUGCUACAUCGUUCGAAGACAACUCUGUCACAGGGCAAUAGUCCAAGCUGAGUACGACUCACUGGGAUCUGUAUGGAGUAGAAAUAGAAGGAAAGAUACGCUCACCCUGCGAUGUGCCCAAAGCGUCGAGCUGGCGUUUGACACCGCCGAUGGUCAAUUGAGUA